AGGUUAUGCUAGUCUGAUCUGAAGGAAAACUCUCCCCUGUCUGGAAGCAGGGGUUCGAUUAAUUUCGCGACGUCUAGUCUAAUACGAUGAAUACUAGAAAUUAGAAAGUUAUAUGUUGUAAUAAAUUAAGGAAAGAUGCAUUCAAUUAGAAAAUUAGCCAAUUUGGGCCUUCGACGGGCAAGUGUUUUAGGUUGUCGUCAGGCGAAAAGCUUCUGCACCGAAGAUGAGGCUAUUCGGUGGCCUAAGAAAAUAUUCUCAGGCAUCCAACCCACCGGCUCCAUGCACAUCGGCAACUAUUUGGGCGCCGUUCGGAAGUGGGUUGACUUGCAGGAAGCCGGCGAAGACGUGACUUAUUGUAUUGUCGACAUGCAUUCUAUUACUCUACCGCAGGACCCCCGAAUUCUCCGUCUAAAUAUUCUAAAAAUGACCGCUACACUACUUGCCUGUGGGAUCGAUCCCGUCAAAUCGACCCUGUACGUCCAGUCUUCCGUAAAACAACACACAGAAUUGGGGUGGAUUUUGUCGUGUUUAACGACGAUGCCCAGAUUGUCGCAUUUGCCACAAUACAAAGAAAAAACGAAGAAGUUGAAGGAUAUUCCUUUGGGCCUGUUCGUGUAUCCAGUUUUGCAAGCGGCCGAUAUAAUGGUUCACAAAGCAACACAUGUCCCGGUCGGCGAGGACCAAAUCCAACAUAUCCAACUCGCUCAACAUUUGGCCAAAAUCUUCAAUUACAAAUUCGGCACUACCUUUCCACAGUGUCACGGGAUGAUCUCCGACAGCUGCGACGCUCGCAUCAAGUCACUACGAAAUCCCUCAAAGAAAAUGUCGAAAUCCGACGAAGACCAAAAGUCCGCAAUUUACCUAACCGACGAGCCAGACCAGAUACUAGAGAAGAUCAAAAAAGCCGUGACUGACUUUACAUCCGCCGUGACUUUCGAGCCUGAGACUCGGCAGGGCGUUUCCAACCUGAUAAUGAUCGAUUCCCUGAUGUCCGGAGACACAAUUGAAGAAAUUUGCGAGGACGCUGCCCUCAUUGACACGGGCAAGUACAAGUUGCGAGUGGCCGAAACCGUGAUUGACCAUUUGAAUCCAAUUCGAUCGAAAAUUGAAGAAUAUAUGAACAAUCCUGAGUACUUGGUUCAUGUCCUGGAAGAAGGACGGAAUAAGGCUGCAGAAGUUGCGGAGCGGACAAUGCUGGAAGUGAAGGAGCGCGUAGGGCUCGGUGCUAUGCUUAAGGUUAGGCAAUCAGAUGUGCUCGUUGACGAGCUAUGAAAUGAUAAUGUGAUUAGUGCUCUAUUAGGCGAUAAUAAUUGAUAAGGAAUAAAUAUUUCAAUUUUAAUCUUUAAAUCUA